CACAAUUUCGUUUAGACUCAUCUUAGAGCAAUAAUUUUUGUGCAGGGACUUGUAAUCCUAUCUCAAUCCGUUUUUCAGAUUCUCUUUGUAGAAUAUCGAUAUACUUACAAAUAAUCAGAUGUCUAAACAUUUAUUAUGGUUCUCCCACAUUGAUCGGUGUAGGGUUGCAGAAACUGAGGGAGUGUACUGAUACUUAAAGUGUUGUUUUUUUCCUGAGAUUUAUUACACAAAUUAUUGGACACCCUGAGCUUUAUCGUUACUACUAAACUAUUUUGACUGAACUACCAUCAUUUCACUACCAGACCAAAGUUCUUAUUUUUACAAUACUGAAUUAAUAUCUGCUCGUUCACGUUGUUCUUUUUCACCAAAUUCUAAUCUCACAGAACAACAGAAUUCAUGAUAAUUUUGUAAGAAAUAAUCAUGCAAUAUGGAAAAUUGUAAAAUUAAUCUAAUUGGAAAUUCAACGGAUGUUGAACUGAUCACUUCUCUCGAAGAUUAUAAAGAACCGGUGCGUAGAGUGCGUCCAGAUGCAUGUAGAAAGUCUAUACAAGCAAGAAGAUGUGUUCAACAUUUGAAAAGAUUGAAAACGCGUUCAAGUAAACUUCAGUACAAUUCAACUAUUCAAGAUAACCAAUAUCAACUAUCAUACGAACUGUUUAAUUCAAUGCAAGAUCUAGGUUCAAUCUCCUUAACUUUAAAUAAUAAUAAUAAUAACAACAACAAUAAUAAUAAUAAUACUAGUAACUGUUCACAACUUCCUCAACGAAAAAACAUUCUUUCAUAUAGAGAUUAUUUAGCCUUACCAAUUGAAAUACGUUAUCCAUACAAUUACGUCAGUGAUUUAUUUGAAGAUGCUCAUCCUGAAAAUGCUGACAGCAAUCGGAAUAAUAAUAAUUAUGAAGAGUAAAUAAUAUAGUUAUGUUAACAUCUGAAAAGGGGAUAAACCAACUUUACUACAUACAGAUAAUAUAUUAACCAAUUGAUUUCAUUUUUUAUCAUUUCAAUAGUGAUGUGUUUAUUUAUAUAAAUAAAAAAUUACAUUUCAC